UUGGUACUUUUGAAUUUUGCAUCGAAAGAGACGCUAUAUUCUAUAUUCCACUUCCCGAUCUGUUUCGAUCCGCCAUUUUUUUACGUAGGAAAGCGUGUGGUUUGGCAUUGUGUUUUGUCGAAUUGCUUUACGGAAAUACUGACUUGGGGUCACUACAUACUUCGAUUCUCGCGCAUCAGCGGACGCAGCAAGUGAGACGCCAUUGUUAGAUUGCGUUCUCUUGUGUAAAGUCGUGUGUCUAAUAUCAACGUUGGUUAAAUUAUUCGUUGAAAGUAGCACGCAAUAAUCUUCGGUUCUAAGACGAGCCGAAAAUGCCGGGUUUUAGUAGUGUUGGCACAUUCAAAAUUUUUAUCGGUAAUUUAGCCGAUAAAACAACAAAUGCUGAUAUUAAACCGUUAUUCGAAAAAUAUGGAAAGGUUGUAGAAUGCGAUGUGGUGAAAAAUUAUGGAUUUGUGCAUAUGGAAAACGAAGAAGCAGGGAGAAAUGCAAUACAAAAUUUAAAUGGACAUAUAGUUCAUGGUCAGGAGAUUAAAUGUGAAGCUGCAAAGAGUCGUAAAGGACCUAACACACCUACAACAAAAAUAUUUGUUGGCAAUCUCACAGAUAAUACAAAAGCGCCUCAAGUGCGCGAACUAUUUGCCAAGUACGGUACUGUUGUAGAAUGCGAUAUCGUGAGAAAUUAUGGAUUCGUCCAUCUAGAAGCAACAGGUGAUGUCAACGAUGCCAUCAAGGAACUCAAUGGAAGAAUGGUGGAUGGUCAAGCGAUGAAGGUUCAAAUUUCUACAAGCAGAGUACGACAAAGGCCAGGAAUGGGAGAUCCUGAACAGUGCUAUCGAUGCGGUCGCGGCGGCCAUUGGUCCAAGGAGUGCCCGAAAGGAGGAAUGGGAGGAGGACCAGAUAGAAACGGAUACAGAGACCGAAUGUUUGGACGCGAUCCGUAUCCUCCACCGCCGCCACCACCGUUCCUUCGGGAUCGGUUAAUGGGUGGUGGCCGCUUUGGAGAUUACGAAAGCUACUAUGACAGGAGAGGCUUCGAGGACACCAGGGAUCUCUACGAGAGGCGGUUUACGGGUAUGACAGGGCCCUGUGACAUGGGAAGUUCCAUGUGCGGGCUUGACUUUCCACCAAUGACAAUGCCACCUCUACCCCCAAGACGAGACCCAAUGCCUCCUAUGCCUCCUCUAGGUAUGGGAUCCAUGCGCGACACUGGCUUCUCCCGUGGUAACGAGUAUGGCAUGUUCAGCCGCCGAUCGCCCCCUCCAAGUGGCAACAAUGGCCGGUUCAGUGCACCUCAGGCUGCGUACCAUCUUUGUCCAUGAAUGCGGGCAACCCUAGAGAGACAGUCCCGGGCCAGCGGUCAAGUCGUGCAAGAGUAAGUCUUUGACCACUUUUGUUAGCGAGUAGUCACACCUCGUUCUUGUCGCUGGCGCGUUAUACAUCAGCAGCUUCUAUUUUCUUCGGUGCCAACAAAAUCCGGGUCUCGACUGAUCGUACCUUGAACAUGUCGACUGCUCUUCUAGGGAUGUCCCUGUUCAUAGACUCUCUUGAUCCAUGGCGUUAACUGCGAGAUUGGCCUGUAUGUCUCUCAUAAA